AUGACACAACCAUCAUAUCGAUGGGGUCUUAACAUGCUCCCCCUUCUAGUGGAGAGGCACACCGCAAGUACCCUUUUUGAUUUCGACAACUUGGACAAGAAUAUUAAAGCCUUGGAUCGCCUUUCUCAAACGGAUGACUUCAUUGCUCCAUAUAUGGGGGAAGAGUUAUCAUAUCAAUCAGAGGCACAAGCAUUAUACCAAGACCUGUUCUUCGAAGAACUACCACAAGUCAUUUCUCAAGGCAAGCCAGUAGAUGCCGUGUAUCUACCUAGUUGGUGCCAACUUGUACAGAGAGUGCCAGCUGAGGACUGGAAGGAGGUCAAAACGGACGGUCAUGUUAACCCCGAUGAUCCUAGAUAUCGCUGCCAUUUGGACGGACAAAUGAUACAGGUGACUCAAAAACAAAUGAGGACUCUCGGUUGGCUACAGGCAAACUAUUCAAACAAACUCAACGUGAUUCAGCAUCAAAGUAUAAUGGUGGACAAUCGGGUGGCGAAAAAACUGGCCAUAUCUUUCAAUAACCUCUCGAAAAACUGCGCGAGAAUUGCCGAUGUCUUGACAAUUCGCGGCGAAGCGUACGACAAAGAUUUGGGCAUGUUCCCUUGGCCGGAACAUAUGCCGAACGAUUCAGUCAACUCGACUGUCUUUCAUCCUGGAGGGGACGUCCCAUACAGAUCGCCGCGGUCACAUACCGACGAGGGGGAGAAAGUGAAUAGAACGGCCGAUACCGGAGAAGAAGAAGGAGAAGUGGAGGAAGUAGAAGGGGGGGAGCGGGAGGGAGAAGGAGAAGUGUAUGAAGGUUCUGACGAUGGAUACACCGAGGGCGAAACCGGGAUGGUGGAACCACACGAGCAAACCAGAAGGUCAUCUUCGCGCGUCAGAAGGCUAUCCUCUCGCGCUAGAUUAUAUCGCAAUGGCAAUACUUUGAACGAUGAGCCUCCGCACAAAAGAGCAAGAACUGUGAAGAGCCGCCGAAGUUCUCAAGCCACCAGUUCUCAAGCCAGCAGAAUUUCUGAUAUUCCGCUUGCAACGAAAAGCGACAUUGUUGAGUUCACCAGAAGUGAAGCAAAGCAUACUUUCAAUUUCCUUAUAGACCUCCAGAACCAACGUUUAAACUGGACUCAAAUCGAACAGGAGUAUUUUGAAAGAUUUAAGAUCGUACGUUCGCAACAGUGGCUGCGCUCUUACAUCAAGCAGAUUAACGAUUACGUUCAAUCUCAUCCUGGCGCUUUUGAGAGGAUAUCACCCACCGAGGGAAUAUCACCUGCUCACCAGAUCUACCUGGGGUUGCGUGAGCAAAGGCAGUGA